AUGAGCGUCAUCUGCGAGGCGAUCAUCAGCAAGCUCGCCAUCAAUCUCAUGGUCUCGGGUGCUGACAUCGAUCCCGAGCAGCCCAUUACCUCGUGCGGUGCCGACUCACUCGUCGCCGUCGAGCUGCACAACUGGCUACUUGGCCACGCUGGCGCCGAAGAUCUCGGUCAUCGACGUGCUGCAGGGCCAGAGCCUACUGGAUUGAGUGGGAGUAUUGCUAGGAAAGGUAAGGUCGUUGCAAAAGAGUGUUGGGGCAGGAUGAGUGAGCGUGAGUGGGACCAAGCCCGUAGUCGCAAGUCAUCCUCACUUACUCCAAUCAUGCCUUCAGUAGCGACGAAGCCCACAAAGAAUCAGCUGAGAAGAGCUAAGAAAAAGGCGCACAAGCAUGAGACAAGUGUAGAACCCACCCCAGAACCGGAAAUCAAAACCGAAGCACCUCCUUUGAAACCACCCCUCAACGGCGGGUUGUCCGAGAAGGAACCAAAGCAAGAUGGCUACGAUUUCGAUGCUCCCCUCGUUGUCGACGAGAGCAACCCACUCUUCGACAUGUACAAGGAUAUCAUGGACAAAUUUGAAGAAGCCGACAAGGAGGACCCAGCUUCAAAAGAACCAGAGAAGCCCGAGGUGUACUACGAUGAUGACGACGAUAUUCCUGAUGAGGAUGAACAAAACACUGUUUUGAAAAUGUCAAAGAAGAAGCGCAAGGAGCAGAACAAAAUAUCGGUGGCAGAAUUAAAGGCAUUGGUCAGGAAUCCAGAAAACGUGGACUGGACUGACACAUCAGCAUCAGAUCCGCGACUACUUGUCCACAUCAAAGCCUAUCGCAAUGUGGUACCGGUCCCUACGCAUUGGUCUUUGAAAAGGGAAUAUCUAUCCUCCAAGAGAGGGGUGGAAAAACCAGCAUUUGCCCUACCCAAAUUCAUACAAGAAACGGGUAUUGCUGAGAUGCGAGAUGCGGUACUCGAGAAGCAGGACCAAGCCACUUUGAAACAGAAGCAGCGCGAGCGGGUGCAGCCGAAGAUGGGCAAACUCGACAUUGACUAUCAAAAACUCUAUGAGGCAUUUUUCAGGUUCCAGACCAAGCCAGAGUUGACCCGCUACGGUGAGGUGUACUACGAAGGGAAAGAGUAUGAGACUAACUUGAGACAUCUUCGACCGGGCGAACUGAGCGACGAGCUGAAAGAUGCUUUGAACAUCCCACCGGGCGCACCACCACCCUGGCUCAUCAAUCAGCAACGAUUUGGUCCCCCACCCUCAUAUCCCGCUCUCAAGAUACCCGGUCUGAAUGCAGCCAUCCCUCCCGGUGCUUCUUGGGGCUUCCAGCCUGGUCAAUGGGGCAAGCCACCGGUUGACGAGGCAACAAAUCGUCCAUUGUAUGGUGGUGAUUUCAAUAACAUCUUCCAGACCCUGCAAAAGCCGCAACGCGGUGAACCGGUGGAGAAGGAUCUGUGGGGCGAGCUUCAAGAACCUGAGGAGGAGUCAGAGGAGGAGGAUGAUGACGAAGAGGAAGAAGAGGAAGAGGACGAGGAUCGCGGAGCGGGCUUGCAGACCCCAAGCGGUCUGGAGACUCCCAGUGGAAUGGCAUCUACGAUUCCGUCUGAGUUUGGCGGGGCCGAAAGUGUGUCGGAAUUUGAUCUCCGAAAGAGAAGAGGCACCGAGACGGAAGAGUCGUCACAUCCAAGAUCUGCGUACCAGGUUAUCCCGGAGCAUCAAACUCGGGUGCAGGGUUUCUUUGGAGGUGACAGAGCAUAUGACCUGAAGAGUGCGCAAAGCAAUGUACCGGUGCUAGGACAAGAGGAAAGCAGGAAAAGGAAGAAGCCAGGCGAUGUGGAUGUUUCAAUGGAUCCGGAUGCACUACAGACCCAUGAUGGGAUUGACAAGGGGGAUUUGAAGAAUUUGUAUGAGCGACAGAAGAAGGCUGAAGAGAAUCCCAACUGGGGCUUUCAAGAGGAUCUGAGCGACAUGAUUGCAAGCGAAAGCCGCAAAAGAUUGAAGAGAGACGAGGAACGGAAAGGGAGGCGUGAUGGCUACGAUCCUGAUGUCACACACCUCGGCAGAGGCGAAAGCUACAGACCCGGUGGCGGAGGAGGCGCACCUCCAUACAGACCUGGCCCGGCUCGAGAACGAGGAAGUGGAGAUAAAUGGAUUUCAGAUCGACGAGACUCAGAUAGAAGAGAGGACAUCGACUCCUACGUACCACCAACAAGCCGGAGAGCCGAAAGACCACGAAGUCGCUCCCCUGCUGGUUUUCGGCGACGGUCGCGUAGUCCUAUUCGGCGAGGCAGAGACGACACUUAUCCCGGCAGGCCACGAUCUCCACCGCGACGAUAUUCUCCCAGACGAAACGACCGUCCAACGUCCCCUCCCAGGAGGCGCUCUCGAUCUCCAUAUGGUGCUAGACCUCUCAGUCCUCCAAUAAAACGACCUCGCGACGAUUCUCCAUCGUAUGUUCGGCGAUCUCCUCCGCCUGCGAAGCGGGAAAGACUCACCUCACCGGACCGCAGACGGUUUGAUCGUCCUCGUUCUCAUCCUCGAAGACCAUACUCGCCGCCACCGCGUGACGCGGGGCCGAGGGGAUAUAGGACAAGAUCUCGGACACCGCCCAAGCGUGACGAGCGAAGAAAGAUUUACAAUGACGAUAAUUGGAGACGCCGAUCGCCAUCACCCCGAGCCGCACCAUCUGGUCCUGCCUCUGGCGCUACGUCAAGACGGUCUUCCCCACCAAUUCAUCCUGAUCGCCUGAGCCUCGCCGGUUCCAGAACUCGCUCCCCUGCGUACCUGCCACCUCGGUCGCACGAUUCGCGGCCACCACGAUCUCCUAUCUCACGGCCUAGAUCUCCGGCACGACACGAAAGAUCUCCGCCAAGACAGCAGUCGCCUCCUCGCAGCUACGUUGAUCGAACCCGCCCGCCAUCUUCUCCCCGUCAAGACAAUCGUCGAAAUGAUGAAGCAGCUUCAUCCAGCCAGCCUCCGUCUGGUCCUGGGGGUUAUCGCAAUGGCAACUACGGUCGUCCGCCGCCAAGUGGACCAUCACGCGGCUAUAGUGAGACCCCUCAAAUGUCGCCUCCAGCUGGCCCAUCGAAUUCGUCCGUGUCAAUGUCUGCCCAUAAUCGCCCUAAUCCUGCAAUGUUGUCUGCUCCUACUCGUCCACGUGGUGCCCCUCCUGGUCGUUUUGAUGGACCUCCUCGAGACUUCUCCGCUCCGCCACCUAGACGGGGUGGGUAUGGAGGCCCACCCCCAAGGGCGGCAAGUUAUGAUACACGAGAUGGACCUCAUCCGGGACCAAGAGGUGGCUUUGGUCGUGGAGGCUACGGACGUGGCGAUGUGGGAUAUGGAAGGGGAGAUUCUGGAUAUGGAAGAGGUGAUGCAGGUUAUGGACGGGGUGAUUCCGGCUAUUCAUCUCACCGAGCCACUUUUGGACGCGAAGACGGUCCACCUCCGUUCCGAUCACACAAUAACAGUUCUAGCACGACUUAUCCACGUACCCAACGCUUCAACAAAACAUCGCAGCAUCUGGCCAGUCUGGAGAAGAUCGUUCCCGGCGGUAAAUUGGCACCUACUGGUAUGAGCCCUGAACAGGAAAAGAGAAUUAAGCUGUUAGAGGAGGCGGCCGAGAAAAUGCGGGAGGAAAUCGAGGAGAAACAGAAGUCCAAGCGCGAAGCGCUAAGGGAAUGGGAUGUGCGUCAGAGGGAGAGUGAGAGGGAAGGACUGAGAAGUGAGCUGGCUGAAAGACAUCUGGAGAAAUUGACCGAGGGCGAAGAUGGUGCUGGAGCGGCAUUCUGA